UUAUUUGUCCCUCUUUCUUCAUUCCCAAUUUCAUAAAAUUAGGGCAAAAUUAUUUCCCCAAAUGUUCAAACAAUCAAAUUUCCCCUCUUUCUCUCUCCUAUACAGUCUUCACCACUAAGUAAUUAUAAAGACCGACUUUCUCUCUCCUCAAAACAUUUGUGAAAGGUGCCAUGAAUGGUGGGGAAGCAACAGAAGGUGGAGAAAUGGAAGUGGAAAUGGAGGUUGAGGAGAGAGAAAGAAGAGUGUAUAUGUGGGGGUAUUUACCGGGAGCAUUGCCGCAAAGAACGCCGUUACAAUCGCCGGUAAUUGUUAAGCUUCCGCCGUCGAUUGGAGCUUCUUGGAAGGAUGUUGGUGGUGGUGGUUGUGGUUUUGCUAUGGCUAUUUCUGAUACUGGGAAGCUCAUAACUUGGGGCUCUACUGAUGAUUUAGGGCAGAGCUAUGUGACUUCUGGAAAACAUGGGGAAACGCCAGAGCCUUUUCCACUCCCUACAGAAGCUCCCAUUGUAAGAUCAGCUGCUGGUUGGGCACAUUGUGUCUCAGUUACAGAUAGAGGAGAAGUUUAUACUUGGGGAUGGAAGGAGUGUGUCCCCUCCGGCAAGGUUUUUGGAGAUUCUUCUCCUGGAGGGAACUUAGAGAAGGAUCAACUUGAAAAACAAAGUUCUGUUUUUACAGAACAAGUUAGCCCUCGAGGCUCCAAAAAUGCUAGUGGUAGUGGGUCAGGAACUGCUGUAGACAGUAAAGGAGCAGGAGAAGAAUCUGUGAAGCGAAGACGAGUUUCAUCAGCUAAACAAACUGCUGAAAGUUCCUCAGCUAGUGAAGAAACUCUUUCCGCUUUGCCCUGUCUAGUGACGCUUAGCCCCGGAGUGAGGAUAUCAACUGUUGCUGCUGGAGGCAGACAUACUUUAGCAUUAUCAGCUUCAGAUGUUGGACAAGUGUGGGGUUGGGGUUAUGGAGGUGAAGGACAACUAGGUUUGGGCUCAAGGAUACGCAUGGUGUCAUCUCCACAUCCUGUACCGUGUAUAGAGUCGUCUUAUAGGAAGGAUAGACAUUCAACUUUAAGCUCGGAUGGCAUUGGAUAUAGAGUUCCUGGGACAUACAUCAAGAGCAUUGCCUGUGGGGGACGACACAGUGCAGCAAUCACAGAUGCUGGAGCAAUUAUAGCUUUCGGUUGGGGUCUUUAUGGACAGUGCGGGCAAGGAGCUACAGAUGAUGUGCUAAGCCCUACUUGUGUUUCCUCAUUGCUUGGUAUUAGGAUUGAGUCAGUAGCUGCAGGCUUAUGGCACACUCUCUGUAUAUCUGCUGAUGGUGAUGUAUAUGCCUUUGGAGGAAAUCAAUUUGGGCAGCUGGGAACUGGUUCUGACCAAGCAGAGACGCUCCCAAGGCUGUUGGAGGCACCAAGUGUAGACAAUGUUAAUGCAACGAUUGUGUCUUGUGGUGCUCGUCAUAGUGCCAUAGUUACAGAAGAUGGAAAAGUUUUCUGCUGGGGUUGGAAUAAGUAUGGACAGCUCGGUCUGGGCGAUGUGAUUGAUCGGAACAUUCCGUCUCAAGUAAAGUUGGAUGAUUGUGUGGCAAAAAACGUGGCGUGUGGCUGGUGGCAUACACUAUUACUAGCAGAGUCUCCUACUUGAGCCGAGGACUUUGGCAAGUCUUGGCUCAAUUUUGUUAGGUUAGCGUCCUUAGCAAUUGUUCAAGUAUAUGACGAAUGUGAUUUAUUAGAAUCUAUGUAAAUACAAGAGCAUAGGCAUGUAUACAGUUGUGCAUGUGAUCAUUCAUUCAUGGGUAGGCUUUGAUGUUAGUUUCAGUCUGCUUGCUUUUCAGGCGAGGUUGUACUUGUACUAUAGAUUUUGGGCAAUACUGUACAUGAUGUUCAUCUUGUUUGAGUUCUGAGUUCAUCUCGGUUUGGGAACUCAGUGCAACAUCAUUGUAAUUUGCAAGGUGGAUGUUGUUUGUCCUGAGAAAUUCUAAAUAAGAUCACUUGUUUUUUAUAAUCUA